GGCCGCGGCUCCCCCCGGCGGCGCUCGCUCUGCUCCGCCCGGCAGCGGGGCCGGCCCGUGGCGAGGCGAGGCGGCGCCGGGACUCUGCCCAGCCCGGAGCGGGAGCGGAGCUCGGCCGGGCCGGGCCGGGCCCGCUGGAGAAGCCCCGCCCGGGGGGGCCAUGGCCGAGCGGGCCGCUGCCCAGGCUCCAAAAUGGGACCUAGAAUCCCAGCACCCAACACUUUUGCAUCCCCCCACCGGCCUCAAACAAACUUCGCUGAGAGAGACGCAACUGCAGAGUGCAGAGAUUUCCCUCCCUGUCCUGGCUGCCCUCCAAGCCGUAGAGAGGAAGGUGGAUUCUCAGGCUGCACAGUUGCUGAAUCUGGAUGGGAGAAUGGGGACAGCUGAGAAGAAACUAGUCGGCUGUGAGAAAACAAUGGUGGAGUUUGGGAACCAGCUGGAGAGUAAGUGGGCUGUGCUGGGAACUCUGAUCCAGGAGUACGGGCUGCUGCAGAGGAGGGUGGAGAACAUGGAGAACCUGCUGAAGAACAGGAACUUCUGGGUCCUGAGGCUCCCCCCAGGGACUAAGGGGGAAGUUCCCAAGGUGCCAAUAACAUUUGAUGACAUCUCAGUCUAUUUCAAUGAACAAGAGUGGGGGAAUUUAGAGGAAUGGCAGAAGGAACUUUACAAGAAUGUGAUGAAAAGCAACUAUGAGACGUUGAUGUCACUGGACUAUGCCGUUUCCAAACCUGACAUCCUAUCCCGGAUUGAACGAGGGGAGGAGCUCAGUGUCGGGGAUCAAGGAGAUGCAGAGAAGAGAGAAAUUCCUACAGACCCCAGCGCAGGAUUUCAAAUUUGUGCAACUGACAUUUUAUCACGGAUUAAACAAGAGGAAGAGCCGAGUGUCUGUGAGCAGCAUGAUUCAGAGGAAAACGAAAUCCAUACAGAUCCCAGCACAGCGAAAGAUGGAAGCACAAACAAGGAUAAGCUCCCUGGAAAACCUCUUGAAAGCAUUGUGUACAAGUCUAGAUUAUAUGGAAAACUUGGAGAAGAGUGUUUGCAGAAUCCCAAACAGAGAGUGACAUGGAAGAGUGUGUACAAUUCAAAAAUGCAGCAGGCAACUGCUACUGGGAACAGUCUGGGGGUUUCAUCUCUCUGUGACAAAAAAUUAUUAAUCCAUCAGGAAGAACCCUACCCAGAAGAUAGACUGCAUACAAGUACUGAAUGUGAGAAAAACUGUACUCAAAAGGUGCAUCUUCAGAAUCACCAACAAGCCCACACAGAAGAGAGACUAUUUGCAUGCGCUGAGUGUGGGAAAAAUUUCCAACUGAAGGUAAGUUUGACAAAACACCAAAGGAGCCAUGGAAAAGAGAAACCCUAUGAAUGCAGCCAAUGUGAGAAGAGCUUCAUUUGCCGCUCGUGGCUCAUUAGACACCAAAUGAUUCACAGUGGAGAGAGGCCAUAUAAAUGUACCGAAUGUGACGCAAGCUACAGCAGAAAGGAUUAUCUUCUAAAUCACCAACGCCGGCAUUUAGGGGAGAAAUUAUUCCAGUGUAAUGUGUGUGGGAAAAGCCUUGUGCUGAAAAGAAGCUUAGUUAGGCAUCAAAAAAGUCACAUGAAAGAGACCCAAUCCACUUACCAAUACGAUGAGGGCAUCGUGGACUUCAGCUUUUUGGUAUCGAACAGCUUUAACACUGUCAAUUCUGCACUCCCAGUGUGUUUCACAUAUUGGCUUCACAGCGAUAUUGAUAUGAUCUAUGAGAAUCUUCCAAUGAUGAACAGAGACUAUGCAAUUUCCAAACCUGACAUUCUGUCCAGGAUUGAACAAGGGGAAGAGCCAUGUGUCAGGGAUCAAGGGGACCCAGAGGAAAGGGAAGUGUCUAUAGACACCAAGACAGACUAUGCAAUUUCCAAACCUGACAUUCUGUCCAGGAUUGAACAAGGGGAAGAGCCAUGUGUCAGGGAUCAAGGGGACCCAGAGGAAAGGGAAGUGUCUACAGACACCAAGACAGGUGAAGGGGCUCUGGUCAGAUCUGAGGAUCGGCAUCAUGGUGAAGGUCCUGUGAGCCUGGAGCUGACCAAGAAGUUAUCGGGUAGAUCUGCAGAGAAGUUUUUCCGGAGUCCCAAUGUAGGAAUGCCCUCCGAGAGGCAGGGCAGCUCAAAUAUACAACCGGAGAACCCCGCAAAGAUCAGACCUGGGAAAUCUACUCCGUGUGAGGCAGGUUCUGGUGAACUCCAGCCAAAACCACAGCCCUGCGCAAGAGAGAAAUCAAAGAGCUUCGCUUGCAAGACUGUUGAUAAAUCUCAUCGGAAACGUCACACUGUAGAGAAAGUAUAUCCUUGCACUGAAUGUGACAAAAGCUUUCCUGAUCAAGCACGACUGACUAGUCACUACAGAAUCCGCCCGGGAGAGAGACCGUAUCAGUGCCCUGUGUGUGGGAAACGAUUCAGAUACCAAUCUAUUCUCAUCAAGCAUCACAGAAUCCACACGGGGGAGCAGCUGUAUAAAUGUACGGAAUGCGAGAAAAGCUUCAAUGAGAAAUCCAAGCUGACCAACCACUACACAGUCCACACUGGAGAGAGACCCUAUGCUUGUAAAGAGUGUGGGAAAAGUUUCCGGCUGAAGAUGGAUCUUAUAAAUCACCAGAUAAGUCAUGGCAAAGAGAAGCCUUAUCAGUGCGCCUUGUGUGACAAGAGCUACAUCCAAAAGAAACACCUCCUACGUCACCAGCGAGUCCACACAGGAGAGAGACCCUUCCAUUGUACUGUGUGUGGGAAGAACUUUCGGCAGAAGUUUGUCCUGCUAUCCCAUCAGCGACUCCACACAGGAGAGAGACCCUAUGCCUGUACCGUGUGUGAGAAGAGCUUCAUCACCAAAUCCAAAUUGACCAGUCACUACCGUAUCCACACGGGAGAGAAGCCCUACAAGUGCACUGAGUGCGGGAAGAGCUUCAGAGUGAGGGAGACUUACCGGCAACACCAGCAUAGUCACGCGCAAGAGCAACCCUACAAGUGUAGUGACUGCGAGAAGAGCUUCAGCUGCCAGUCAAAUCUUAUUAGACAUCAGAAGGGCCACACUGGAGAGAAGCCUUAUAAAUGUGUGGAAUGCAACAAGAGCUACAUUCGGAAGGAGUGUCUGCUAAACCACCAGCACAUCCACACAGGAGAGCAGCCCUACACCUGCACUGAAUGUGGUGAACACUUCAGGCUAAAGGUGACUUUGGUAAAGCACCAAAAGAAUCAUGCACAAGAGGACUCUGGUCAGCGCAGCCUGUCCUUUAAAACUUGAAUGGUCACUGAGGUUGGUACAGUACAGCAGGUGACUUACACAGCAGGAGGCUGUUUAAAUGCACUGCUGGUGACAGACACUUAAUUUGAAAGGACUAUCCUCGUCCAAAAUGCCAGCUUCCCCAUGUGGCAAAGGGAAUGUCUAAAUGUAGAUGGGGAACACCUGAGAAAGGCUCAACAUCCGCUACAGUCGUCAGAUUCAUUUAGUUUCUGAGCCUUGGCACCUUUCAGGAUGUGGCCCAGAAAAACCCAAACUCCGAACGAUGCUGAGGCCAAGAAACUUUAUUGGUAAACAGUCCCUUAAAGACCUCCAAAAAGAUUCUCUUCAUGGCAGAAUCCUCUGCAGGCUCCUUGGGGCCUUUUACAGCAAUUAAAGACCAAAUUCUUGAUAUGAAAAUGAGGGGGGCAAAUAUUUUGCGUAUAUAUAUGUAACCCUCCUGCCCAU